GCCCUCUGCCGGCUGGCAAUGUCGGGGACGCCGGCGCCGGGACCCCCCUCCAGGCGGCAAAAGUCGAUGCCAGCUCUCAGUCCGCUGCCCAGCACAUGCCAGAGAUGCGGCAACCGGCGGUCGGCCUAAACUUUGGCCCAUCGGUCCCCCCGUUGGGACAGGCUGCCAGUCCCAGGCUUCCCGGCCAUGGGUCCCUAAAUGCGGGUCCAUCGGCCAGCCCGCUGCCCGCAUCUCAGCAUCCGCCGGAGCCUCUGCCCGGCAUGGCGACGGCGGCGCAGCUCCACCAGCAGCAGCUCCAGCAGCUUCAACUCCAGCAGCUUCAGCUCCAGCAGCUUCAGCUCCAGCAGCAGAUUCAGCUCCAGCAGCAGCAAAUGCAGCAGGGCCAGCGCUCGUCGCACUUGGAAAUGGCCCACAGGGGCUCCGACCCGGGAGGCGACCUGCUCCCACACCAGACACCGGAAUCGACGAUGCUGCUCGGCUCGGGGCAGGCCUUCCCGGGCGCGCCGUAUGGCGCUCCUGGAGCCGGGCUCCCCUUUGCCCCGGCGACGGCCAUGAUGAAUCCCGCCACCAUGGCGGCCAUGAUGAACCCCGCGGCCAUGGCGGCCAUGGGGGCCUUCGGGGCUCUGGGCCCAGCGGCGGCCAUGUCUUCGCUCAUGUCCAUGUGGGGCUUUCCGCCGCCGCCGUCGUCGUCGUCGGGGCCGCUUGGCUCGGGGCUGAGGCCGGGGCCGUUUACUGCCCCGGGCCCCGGGCCGCAUUCCAACUCACUGCCCCCGGCGGCUCCCUAUGCGUCGGGGAUGACGGAGCCAGGCUCGGAGGCCGUGUCUUCCGCCUUGUUGCCGGAGCCGACGCACUUCUGGCCCGAGGAUGACAAGCUGGCGACCACGAUGGGCCAGCGCGUGGACCCGGUGAAGAAGUCCGACUCGCACACGGGGCCGGAUCUGUCGCCGAGACGUAAGCCCGGGCCUCGGCCUCGCUCGGAGCUCCUUGCCCGCAAGAUUUCCAUUACGCGGCCGGCGCGCACGAUCGCCGUGUCGCCGGGCCUGUCAGUGACCCUGCGGCCGGAGGGGAGCCCCCUCGGGUCCGAGUCCAUCUCCGCCGAGGGGACUGGCAAGUCGUCCAGUUCGGUGAUCUCGUCGGCGCCGGCUUCCGAGCCCGGCGGCGACCCGGCCGGUGGCCGUGACAAUCCCCCCGAAACGCCCGGCCGCGGUGGCGGCAUUGGCGUCCAGCCAUUUCCGAUAAAGUUCCGGGUGAAUCCCAUCGGCCUGCCGGGCGCCGGUCCGCGAGACGUGAAUGUAGCCCCGGCGGCCGGGUCAACCAAGGUGAUUACCGCGGCCUCGGCCGGGGCGUCACCCCUCAUCACCGCCACCUCGGCCGGGGCCAAUCCCCUGGGGCUGAUUACGGCAGCCACAGCCGGGGCCGGCCCCUUCCAGCCCCUGGAGCCGCUGGCGAGGCCGCACAAGACCCAUACCGCGAAGCCCGCAUCUUGGGCCUCGCAGCCUGCCGCGCAGGCGCCGGCUCUUGGGCAGCAUUACUUCUUCGACACCGACCUGUCGUCCUUGAGCCCGGAGCUUUUCGACCCUCCGGAAUCGGGCGCCACACAGGCACAUGAUGACUCAUCCUCGGAUGACUCGGAGGCCAGCGACGUGUCGGAUGCCGAUUCUUGUGAUGGCCCACUGGAAGCUGAUGGGCAUGCCAGUAGCCGUGGUCCAAGUACCUCGCCUGCUGCCGAUGAUUUCAGCGCGGACAGCUCCUUCACCAUCGAGCUGACCGCUCCCCUGGGCCAGGCCCCGCAAGACGGCCCCUUUGUGCACCCCAGCGUGCGGGCAAGCAACCCACCCUCGAUGGACCCGCUGGCCGUGCCGCCAGCCAUGUCGAGCCGGCACACCUUUGAUGUGAGUGCACACCAAAUGGCCGCACACCUGGACCGGCUACUGGACCAGCUGGCCUGCGCAGUUGAUGCCGAGGCCCGGGGGCCCCCGGUGGCCGGGCUGUCAAUUGGCUCGGCCUCCCUGUCCGGGUCGCUGGAGCUGCUGGCCCACGCCGGAUCGCUGGCCCACGCGGCCUUGACAUCGGUGCUGGAGGACAUGAGCGCCCACCCUGAUGAUAGACCUGCUCGAACCACCCCUUCCCAGAUUCAGGCAGCUCGGCGAUCGAUCGAGAGCUCGUUCAGCCGCCUGGCGGGAGACAUUGCUCGCUGUCUAUCGGAUCAUGCUCUCGCCUUGCAACAUGCCGGCCCGGGGUUGGAGUUGGUAAAACUACAGGCCCCCUCGCCAGCCAGCCACUCGGUAAACUCCCUGUCUUCCGAGGCUCCGGGGCCGAUGGCCUGGCUGGCAGACUCUACCCCAGGUCCGGCCCCGGUCAGCAAGCCCGGAAAUCCCGACAUCCUGGCUGUUGCUGCUUCUACUGCUGAUCCUCGGGCUGAUCCUGUUGCUGAUCCGGCUCUUGUUUCUGCCCCGGCUGCUGCCGCUGCCGCUAUCCCCGUUGUUGUUGCCAUCCCUGCUGCUGUUCCCUUUGCGGCUGCCGCUGUUGUUGCUGCUGCCGCUGCUGCCCCGGAUCCCUUUGCCGAUCUUAUGAUCGAUCUUACGGACGGCCCCGCUGCCGUGGAUCCUGCUGCCGCACUUGCCCAAACGCCGGCCAAUCAGGCGGAUACAUCGGUGCCCGGUGUACCAGCCGGCAGCACCUCGGCAGCUGCAGCCACCAGUAGCAUCCCCGAGAUCGCUGCCGAGGAUACCGUCACCAAGGGCAAUACUCCGGGUUCUUGUCCGGAGGCAGGUCCCCCUGCCGACAUCCCAAAGCCAGAUGGCCUGAGGGCUGAUGACUCCCAUCCGGAGCUGGUCUCCUCCUCGGUGCAAGAGGCUGCCACCGACAUGAGCAGCAGCAGCAGCAGCAGCAGCAAACGCAAACUGACGGAUCGUGGCAGUCGUCCGGACCAGGAUGAACCGAUCCCGGACGGGGCUUUGAGCCCCCGGUCCAAGCGCCACCAGCCCGAAUUGCCGGAUGAUGGCCUCUGGCCAUUGCCACCCCCGCGGGCUGCGCAUGCCAGCCUGCCGGAGCCCUUCAAGCACCUUGUUGAUCGGUUCUUCCAAAUUGCGCGCAACGCGCCCAACCGGCUGGAGGCCAGCCUGCCGACCGGUCAACUCGCCACCCCGGUGACCCAUCCCCUGGCAGCCGAGGUCCUGACCGGACCGCUGCCCGACGCGUCGGCCCUCUUCAGCUUUGAUGGGUACAUUUGGCUGACUGGCUGCGAUAUUUCCAACCUCGUGGGGCUGCUGCUUCCCGGGGCUGGCCGGUCACUCGGGGUGGGCGCGGGCACCGUGCUGCUGCCGGUGCCAGGCUCGAGCCUGGGUCUGGUGUCGAGCUCGGCCCCGAGCCCGACCAUGUCACCGAGUGUGCCAUCCAUCUCGGAAGUCGUCAAUGACGGGACCGACGGCUGGCAGCUAUCCCAGCCGACAUCCUCCGCGGGUGCCACGGAUGGGGAUGCUUCUUUGCGGAUUGAUCCCUUUGUGCCGAUCUGCCUGCAUGAUCUCUUUGGCAGUUGCAAGUUCCAGGGCUGCCAGCUGCAACACACCAACAACCCCCGGCCGCCGGCCGAGAAAGAGGCACCCUCGGCCGGGGUGUCCGCCUCGGAGGGGCCCGAUGCCCGGCCAACAGCUGCGACUCCUCGACCGCCGCCUGUGAUGCCGGGCUCUCGGCCGCUGUCGACGCUCGCCAAGGAGGACUUCGAGCAGCUCACGACCGCCGAGCUAUCCCGGGCCCUGGGCCAUUACAAUGGCGGGCUCCUGUUCCGGGGCCUGCAAAACAUGGCCCGGCCGCCAUACCACUCCCGGCAUUCGCACAUCAACCCGCCGCCGAGCGUCGAAUCGAAUAUUCGCCCCCCGGGACUGGCCUCCACGACGGUGAAUUCGCGCCUGGGCCCCAGCCGGCCCUGGACCCAAGUGACCCCCCUGAGCUCGCAGCACCGGUACCUGACUUCGCCCUUCUCGGGGUUCAGCAUCAGCCCGGCGUCCAGUUUUGCGCCACUGUUGGGGCAGCUGCGCGAGGCCCUCUUCGACCUGCCGGCUGAGGGGGAUGUGCCUCUUCUGCAGUACCUGCCCCCGGUCGGGGGGCCCCGGGCUCCGCCUUCGCGUCCGGCUGCCCAGCCGGCCGGGACUCCCGGCGGCCCGGGGCCCGACACUGGCCCCGCGCAUGGGGACCCGUCGGAGGUGUCGGUGGGCAAGAUUCACGAGUCCGUGGCGGCCUGCCUGCGGGCCUGUCUGGAUCGGCUGUACCAAGCUCGUGUCUAUGCCCAAAGGUUUUCCAUCUUCCGGGAAGGCGUUUCCCCGGACAAUCCACUGGAUGUGGCCCUGUACUUCCUGUCGACCGGGACGGACAUCCUGCGGGAGGCCAUUCAGCAGGUCCAGCACCAAGUCCAGGAAGUGUCUGCGCAGUCGGCCAACACGCCGGCCAUGCGGGACCUGCGGGCUCGGAAAACCCGGGACCUGCUCACCCUGCUGGGCAUGGACAGCGCCCUGUGGGGCUUUGCCUUUGAGUUGUAUUGCGCCCGGGCCACCAUGGGCUUGGUCAGUCUGAAGACCAUGCUUCCCUUUCAGCAGAAGGCCGUCGAUGUCAUGCAGCAAAUCCUGGAGUUCCAUACCCCCUGGCCGUCGGCCCGAGCGUGGCUGGCCCAGCGCCAGGCGCAGGACCCGGACAAUCCGACCGACCACAAGAGCUCGGCGGCCUCGCCGUUGCCCUUGUCCAUGGUGUUGGACAUGGAGAGCUUGGUGAGCGUGUCCCCGAGUUUGCUGACGGUCGAGCUUCGCCAGGCGGCCGGGCUCUGGUGGCGGUUCAUCCGCGCGGCGCGCUUGUCCCUCCCGGUGCACAUUGCCUGCCAUGAUCAGGCCAUUUCGCGCUUCCGGUGGACCAUUUCCCUGCUGGGUAGUCUGAUGCUGGAGUGGACGCCCGCGCUGGCCACCCUGGCGGUUGAUGCCCGGCGGUACCUGCCGGCCGAGCCCCUGUCACACCAUAUGGUCCGGCAGGCGCUCAGUCGGCCGAUAGUCGAGGCGGCUCUGCUGGCGGCCAAGUUGGCCUCCGAGGGGGCGCUCUCCUCGCACUUGACGCACCCGCCCAUGGACCUCCACCAGGCAUCUGUUCAGGUCCGCUUCUCGCCGGAGUCGCUGGGCUCGACAUUGCCGGGGGCCGAUGCUUCGGCCCCCAAGCCCGGGGGCGCUUCACCUGCCAAGGCGGCCAGCGUGCCGGACCGCCGCCAGCAGCACUGGCAGCAUCACCAUCCUCGACUCGGUGCUUUGCUCAGUCCCCGGUGGCAAAAUGCCCUCGACUGGUUGUCGAUCGUGUGCCACGCCGAGUCCGAGGAGAUGGUCACACUGCUUGCUGGAGAUGCGUAUGAACCUGUCUGCGGCGCUGGCAGUGGUGCCGGCGCCAGUGCCGGCACCAACACCGGCACCAACACCGGCACCGGCACCGGCACCGGCACCGGCACCGGCACCGGCACCAAUGCCAGUACCAGCACCAGUGCUGGCUCGGAUAAGCAGUCGCGGGGUCCCGACACUCGGCCGCCCAUCUUCUCGAAACCAUGCUUUACCCUGCCGAUGUUGCUGAAUAUGGACCGGAGCCUGCGGACUGUGGCCAUGGCCACGGCCUUGUCGGAAUCCCACUGCCAGACCGCACACUGCUUGUGUGACUCGCGCAUGCGGCACCAGCUUCCCCGCCCGGCGGCCGUCGUCCUGCGCAGGGUCCUGGACCGGGUUGAGCAGGGGGCCGCCGGCGCGGGCCUGCCAUCGGGCAAGCCGUCCGGCUCGCUGCUCAGUACUCUGGCCCCGACCGAGGCGCUGGCCCUGUGGGUGGGGUAUGCCUCGGCGACGGCCCUGCACUGCCAUCUGACGCCGGUGCAGCUGCAUAUGACCCCCACGCCGGGGGAGGCCCCGGGGCCGGACGCACCCGGGCAGCUGGGGGCAGAUGCGCUGCUCUUCUGGGCCCCGCCGGGCCUGCUGCCGGAGGCCCUCUUCACCGGGGACCAUCUCGACCAGAUGAGCGCCGCGGCGGCCGACGGUCGGCUGCAUGUGGACUGGCUGGAAUGGGUGUCGCGGGCCGGCCGGCCCGGUGGGCUGGCCUGCUCCCUGAGCCAGUCCCGUCACGGGCUGUCGCUGGACCGGGCCCUGGGGUCGGAUUCCCCGGAGGCAGAGCUGCUUCACCGGGCCGGGAGCAUGUGCUCCAGCCUGCUGCGUGGCCAGCCCCUGUGGGAUGUCCUGUUGAAUGGGCUGGCCGUGAGCUUUGACUUGCUGUGGGAGCAGCAGCACCGGACCCAGGUGAGCGAUGGUGGCGCCCUGCAGGAGGCCCUGACCGAGUCGCUGGCGGUCCUGAACUCCGUGCUGCUGAUGAUGCUCGGCCUGGCGCAGGCGGCCGCCGCGGCCGGGGUGUGCUUCAAUUGCGGGGCCCCGCAUUUGGUCCCCGGGUCAUCGGAGUCGGGGCACACCUGCGACUACCGGCAACUCGGGGCCAACACGUAUCCGGAAAUCCGGUCGGAUGCCCGGUGCGAUGCGGUGGUGCAGAUGAUGCUCCGGCUGGAGGUGGUCAUCCGCGGGGUGAUCUUCAGCCGGGGCCGCGGCCCGACCUCCUCCCAAGACCAAGUGGCUUCGGCUUUGAUGGGGCUGCCGUCGCUGCUGGCGGCGGUGGUCCUGGCCCGGCAGCUGCCCGAUGGCCUGCUGAUGUCGGCCGAGGGGCAUUCGCCGAACCCGGUGCAUGCGGUGUCGCUGAUUGGCCGGCUGACCUUGCGCAUUUUGAAGGGCACCAUCCCGGGGCCGCCGUCGGCACUGGCCAGCGGGCCCUCGUCCACCAGCAUGACCUUCAUGCACAGCCUCCAGGGGGCGACUUUGGGCCUGGCGACGACGCUUCACCACUUCUCGGCCGGCACGCUGGGCUCCCUGCGUGGCGGGCCUGGCUCCCUCCCGGGGGAGGAGGGCUCCUCGUCCGGCGACAUGGCCAGGCACCGACCAGCCAAGCGGGGCUUCUUCGACUUGAAGGUCUUCGCCACGGCUGUGCACGGGGGGCUGACCUCGGCGCGCCUGGCCGCGGUCCAGGUGGACGCCCAGACGCCGGGCGGCACGGAUGGCACAUUGCUCGGGCGCCUGGUGCUGGACAUGUGCCAGGUCGUGCUGGAGUCCCAGGCCCCAUCGACAUCUGAAGCCUCGGGCUCGAUGAAUGGGGUGCUCCCCGCCGGGGGGGCUGGAUCUGCCUCGCGCCUGCCAUUGGCCGGGGCGGGGCUGGUGAAGCCGGACACCCGGGCCGGCCUCACGCCGGUGGGCUGGCAACUUUUGCUGAUGGCCGGACCGGAUGUCCUGUUCUGGUCGUGUGACCAGGUCGACGGAGGGCCCGACUCCGGGCCUCGGCCCGAUCGACACCCGGUGGUGGAGCUGCUGGCCGCGGCUCUCGGCCUGCCGGCCACCUGCUCGCGGGAGGCCUUCUUCCAGGAGCUCAUUCGGCGGGCGGCGCACGAUAUGCUGGGCAGGUCGGCCGGCCCGGGCAUCGGCCGUGGCUGUCUGAGCGCCUGGGCGCUGAUGCAUGCGCACCUGGUCGUCGGCGAGACCCUCGAGCGGGAGGCCAGCAUGCGCCGGACGCUGCUGGCCCUGACAUACAACACCCGCAUCAAUGCCAACAGUCCGAUGGCGCUGGUUCACACGCGGCCCUGGUUCUAUGACAUUUGGACGGAGGGCGAUGCCGGGGUGCCGGCCAUCGGCGGGCCUCGAAGCGCGGCCCUCCCCCUGACGGAUGACAGUGGUCUGCAGUAUCUGGUGGCCAUGCUGGAGGGGCAGCUGGCUCGGAUGCCGCACCAGGCGCCGAUUCAGAUGGCCACCCUUCGAGCGGCGCAGCACGAGUUGGCCACCCGCUCGGACAAGUGGAUCUCCGUGUAUGGGGUGCCGCAGCAUGCCCUGGCGCACGAGCUCCUGGACAUGGCCAAGGCCCUGGCCCGGCGGCACAUGCACACCCCCCUGCUCGCCCGGCUGACGCGCAACAGUGUGCAACUGUCCUACUCCAAGGGCCGCAUGCAGCCGAUUCGCGACCGGAUGAUGGAUGCCCUGUGCCACAGGUCGCAGGCGGAUGUGCGCCUUUGGCUGAUGGCCAUCCGCCUGGAGGUCGCCAGCGAGCACUUCCCCUCGGCGCGGUGGCUGUGCCGCGCGGCCUUGAGCAUUCACCCCCUGGACGCACGCCUCUGGGCCGCGUACUGCCAUGUGGAGAUGCUGGCCGGCGGCCCGACGGCCAUGCUCAGCCUCCCCCGGACGUAUGCCCCAUCGCCGGAGUUCCUGAGUGUCUUCUUCCUGGCGCGGACCACCCUCCGAUAG